GUAAGACGUGUGUGGAAGUCACGAACUGCACAGCCACGGAUCGAAGUUCUUUGCCCUUUUGUCGCUGACCCCCACUACAUACACCCGCGUUUCUCUAUCUCUUUCACGUUUUUCACGAUGUCUGCACUCGAUAACCCUCUGGCUGCCAAGGAGGAGGAGAACCCCGACCCUCAGUUUGAGCCUGUCAUCAAGCUCACUGAACAGGUUGACACGAAAACCAACGAAGAGGACGAGGAUGUGCUCUUCAAGAUGCGCGCGAAGCUCUUCCGAUUCGACGGUGAUUCUUCAGAGUGGAAGGAACGCGGAACCGGCGAUGUGCGUCUCCUCGCUCACAAGGAGACCAAGAAAGUGCGGCUGGUGAUGAGGCGUGAUAAGACGCUCAAAGUCUGCGCCAACCACGUCAUUUCGUCCGAUAUGCGUCUCCAACCCAACAUCGGUUCCGACCGUUCCUGGGUCUGGAAGGUGUUGGCUGACUACUCUGAGAACCCUCCCACGGCGGAGACCCUGGCUAUCCGAUUUGCCAACUCGGACAAUGCUGGAGAGUUCAAGACUGCGUUUGAGGAUGCCCAGAAGAAAAACGCGUCUCUGACGUCCAGCGAUACUGCUCCUGCUGCCCCUGCCGCAGAGACGGCUACCACCGAGGAGGUUGCCGCCCCGACGGUCGCUGCCACGGCUGCUGAGAAGACCGAGAGCGCCGCGGCUGCGGAAGAGUCUGCUGCUCCCGCUGCUGAAGCUGCCGCCGCCGCCGAGUAGAUGCAGCCUGCGUUGGUUAGGAAACGAAAUUCAAUACUGUGCACUGUAUGAUUGUGUGAUAUACAUAUGCUGGAAUAAUUACUACAAUCCGGU